AUGGCCGGUCCCCAGGGACCCUACUGGGAGAUCGUCCAGGACUAUGAACACAAGCUCGAUGCCUUACUCGAAAAGGGCAUUUACAAACCAGUUUUUCUUUACCAUGCAGUCCUCUUCAAUAUCCUGCCGUGGGCCGGCUUGGUCAUUCCCCGCCGCAUCCAGUAUGCUCGGCCGUUGAUCUUUGCGCUCUGUCUCGCUCUAGCGGCGGACAUCUUCAGCAGCCGUCGAGCCUUGCUCGGGGCUAAUGGAUAUAUGAUUGGACUGAUGACCGCGUGGUGGCUCGUGUGGAGUACUACGCUCUUUGUGUUUAGCGACCUCGAACAUGAUUUCCAGCGGAUUGAACGAUGGUCUGUGGCAGACGGCCAGUCUCUUGGCAGCACCGAGUGUGUGUCACUGACGAAGGUCGACAGCAAUCCGGAAGAUGAGCAAGACUGUUUGCUCCUUGAGAAAGAGGAGUAUGCUCAUGACCAAAGCAAUGGAGGUGCCGUUGUCAGGCAGACUUCCCAAGAUCCCAACGCCACAGCGAUUGCAGCAUCCGCACGACAAAUUGACCAUUUUCAUUGGCAGUCCUACCCCCGGAAUCCGGGACAUCGCAUCGAGUGGUGCGCCGGCCUCCUGUUCAAUCUCCGGGGACCCGAAUGGAAUUGGCGAGCGCCCCAUCUAGGACCUCUCCCUCGAUCCGUGCAUGCCCAACUCCAUCCGGGAUUCGGCUCAAGCAGACUGAAAGCAUCGGACGACACCACGUAUACAACCGCCAAACAACGCCUCCAAAAUGCCUUUCUCACCUGCCUGAAAGCAUACAUCUUGCUAGACAUCCUCAAGGUCCUAAUGAUGCGCGAUCCCUACUUCCGAGGCACAGCUCCUCCGGACUCCCCGCCGCCAUUCCCAUUCCACCACUUCGCUCUACAUCCUCUCCUCACGCGUUUCUAUCACCUAGCGUUUAGCUGCACUGGUGUCUUCGUUGCGCUCAACUUUGUGACCUCCUUCAACCCGCUUAUCUUCCUGGGCUUGUCACUCGCAUUCCCCAAUGCAUCCCAAGCUCUAACAGCUGCUCCGCUCGAUGCCCCCUGGCUCUACGGCGAUACCUUCGGGCCCUUUCUCUCCCCAAUUCUCGACCACGGCCUUGCAGGCUGCUGGGGUCGAUGGUGGCAUCAGCUCUUCCGCCACGGAUUUACCGCAACAGCCAACUGGGUCAUCUCUCACCUCCCAGAACACUGGGCUUCACACGUGCAGAUCCGACGUAUAACGCAUGUUGUAGUGGCGUUCUCGCUCAGCGGCUUCGUGCAUGCUUGCGGAAGCUACACUCAGCUGACCGACACGCGUCCCCUUGCGGGCCCGAUGUUGUUCUUCUGCAUGCAGAGUGUCGCUGUCAUGGCGGAGUAUGUGUUCAAGACAUCUAUCCUCCCGAAACUGCCUCUUCAUGCCGCGCCGCGCUCAUUGAAGCGCGCGGCAAAUGCAACCUUUGUUUUCUGCUGGCUGUUCUUCUCGGGCGCUUUCAUUGCGGAUGAUUUUGCGAGGGGUGGUCUAUGGUUGAUGGAGCCGGUUCCUGUCAGUCCGCUUCGCGGGUUGGGGCUCGCAAACGGAGAGGGUUGGUGGUGUUGGGGGAGGCCUUGGUUUCGGUAUUGGAGUGAUGGGUCCUACUGGGGAAGUGGUGUGCGAGUGAUAUAA